AUGGUGUCCGACUUCAGAAGGAAGAAGUUACUGCAUAUGUACAAGUUCUUGGACAAAGAUGGCAGCGGUACCAUAGACAAGAAGGACUUUCAGUUAGCCGCCGAAACCAUGACGAAACAGCGGGGAUGGAAGGAGGGUGACGCCUUGUACAAGGAAUCCAUGGACAUGACCGAUUUGGUGUGGAAUGCCUUACAAAAGGCUGGAGAUGCAAACAAUGAUGGUGAAGUAAGUGCUGACGAAUGGGUCACGAUGUGGGACACUAUUAGCAAGAGCGCUGCGGACCGCGAAUGGUUGAGCCAAUACUGCAAGUUUGUCUUCAAAAUGCAGGAUUUCAAUAACGACGGCUUUAUCGACAGUGACGAUUAUGUAGCUGCCGGAUCAAUAGCAGGCACGAGCAAGGAAGAUGCUGUGGCAGCUUUCCAAAAGCUAGCGCAAGGAAAGUCAAAAAUCUCCUUGACAGACUUCCAAAAAUUGUGGGAUGAGUAUUUCUUAAGUGAAGAUCCCAAUGCGCCAGGAAACUUCAUUGCUGGCAAAAGUAGUUUUGAUUAA